GUCGCACUAUUGGUUGCGGCGCUUUAUUCAUGGUGGCGUUGUCUCGUGGUCGUUCUAUACGUGUUAUUCCUUUUCGUUUGUACAAAUUAUCAUGUUACAGUGAAGCUUUUGUCAUGGAAUUACAAUUUAACUUAAUCUAAAGUUGCAUCAAUGUUUUUUUGUGUACGUUUAAUUAGAUUUUGUGUUGAGUGAAGCGUUACCUUUACAACUAUGAUUACAAAAAUGCAACCUCAGGCUAAUGUUGCUGUGCCACAAUCUGUCACGACGCAGCCCCAACAAAUAGUUGGAGUUACUGCAAAUGCAGUAAUCUUAAAAAUGUCCGAUAUCCAACAGAUAUCUACAGUUGGUCUUUUGGAGUUGGCACACCGUGAGUACCAAGCCGGGGACUAUGAGAGCGCGGAACAGCAUUGCAUGCAACUAUGGCGGCAAGAUGGCACCAACACUGGGGUGCUGUUGCUACUCUCUUCAAUUCACUUUCAAUGUCGCCGAUUGGACAAGUCUGCGCACUUUUCUACAUUGGCAAUAAAACAAAACCCAUUAUUAGCAGAAGCUUAUAGUAACCUGGGCAAUGUGUACAAAGAAAGGGGACAAUUACAAGAGGCUCUGGAGAACUAUAGGCACGCUGUCCGGCUAAAACCGGACUUCAUUGAUGGUUACAUCAACUUGGCGGCAGCACUUGUGGCCGCCGGCGACAUGGAGCAAGCUGUUCAAGCAUAUGUCACGGCGCUUCAAUAUAACCCUGAUCUUUACUGCGUAAGAAGCGAUUUAGGCAAUUUGCUCAAGGCCCUGGGACGUCUAGACGAGGCAAAGGCUUGUUACUUGAAGGCCAUCGAAACGAGGCCUGACUUUGCAGUGGCAUGGAGUAACUUAGGAUGCGUAUUUAACGCACAAAGUGAAAUUUGGUUGGCCAUACAUCAUUUUGAAAAGGCGGUGGCAUUGGACCCCAAUUUUCUGGACGCUUACAUUAAUUUGGGAAAUGUCUUAAAGGAAGCAAGAAUAUUUGACAGGGCUGUAGCUGCCUACCUUCGUGCUUUGAACUUAUCUCCCAAUAAUGCUGUUGUACAUGGAAAUUUGGCUUGUGUAUACUACGAACAAGGAUUGAUCGACUUGGCCAUCGACACCUAUAGAAGGGCCAUAGAAUUGCAACCUAAUUUCCCAGAUGCUUACUGUAAUUUGGCCAAUGCCCUGAAAGAAAAAGGUCAAGUUGCUGACGCGGAGGAGUGUUACAACACCGCUUUACGUCUUUGUCCUUCUCAUGCAGAUUCUCUAAACAAUUUGGCAAAUAUAAAACGCGAGCAGGGUUAUAUUGAAGAAGCGACUCGAUUAUAUCUGAAGGCUUUAGAAGUGUUCCCAGAAUUUGCUGCUGCACAUAGCAAUUUGGCAUCUGUAUUGCAACAACAAGGGAAAUUAAAUGAAGCGCUCAUGCAUUAUAAGGAGGCAAUACGAAUUCAGCCCACUUUUGCUGAUGCAUAUAGUAAUAUGGGCAAUACGUUGAAAGAAAUGCAAGACGUAGCUGGCGCGUUACAAUGUUAUACCAGAGCUAUUCAGAUAAACCCAGCAUUUGCUGAUGCUCACAGUAAUCUCGCUAGUAUUCAUAAAGACUCUGGAAAUAUUCCCGAAGCCAUACAAUCAUAUAGGACAGCAUUAAAACUAAAACCAGAUUUUCCUGACGCUUAUUGCAAUUUAGCCCAUUGCUUGCAAAUCGUAUGCGACUGGACAGAUUACGAGGCCCGUAUGAAGAAACUUGUCAGUAUUGUGGCGGAGCAACUUGAUAAGAACAGACUCCCGUCGGUCCAUCCACACCAUUCCAUGUUGUAUCCUCUAACACACGAUUUCAGAAAAGCCAUUGCUGCCAGACAUGCUAACUUGUGCUUGGAGAAAGUUCAAGUUCUUCAUAAGCCUCCCUAUAAGUUUGCGCGCGACCUCCAAGGUCGACUGCGUAUAGGUUAUGUUAGCAGUGACUUUGGUAACCAUCCCACAUCUCAUUUGAUGCAGUCUGUGCCCGGAUUACAUGACCGUGGGAAAGUUGAGAUCUUCUGUUAUGCUCUAAGCCCUGAUGAUGGUACGACUUUCCGCUCAAAGAUCGCCAGAGAGGCGGAACAUUUUAUUGAUUUAUCUCAAAUUCCGUGUAAUGGCAAAGCUGCUGAUAAAAUAUAUGGAGAUGGCAUACAUAUUCUUGUCAAUAUGAAUGGAUAUACUAAGGGUGCUAGAAAUGAGAUAUUUGCAUUGAGGCCAGCCCCUGUUCAAGUCAUGUGGUUGGGUUAUCCGGGAACUAGCGGGGCAAGUUACAUGGAUUAUCUAGUAACUGAUGCCGUGACGUCACCACUGGAACUAGCAAGUCAAUACAGUGAAAAGUUGGCGUAUAUGCCCCAUACAUAUUUCGUUGGGGACCACAAGCAAAUGUUCCCCCAUUUGCAGGAGCGUCUUAUUCUUAGUGACAAGGUGAAAUCUCAUAACAACUUGGGUAUUGUCGCAGACAAUGUUGCAGUUAUCAAUGCAACUGAUUUGUCGCCGCUUGUUGAGAAUACUGACAUAAAAGAAAUAAAAGAAGUGGUUAGAGCCGCAAGACCUGUGGAAAUUUCUCUAAAAGUUGCCGAGCUUCCAACCACCACGCCUAUUGAGACCAUGAUUGCUUCAGGUCAAGUACAGACUUCUGUCAACGGUGUUAUUCUGCAAAAUGGUUUAGCUACGACACAAACAAAUAAUAAAGCGGCGACAGGCGAAGAAGUGCCGCAGUCUAUAGUAAUUACGACUCGGCAGCAGUAUGGUUUACCUGAUGACGCGGUAGUUUAUUGUAACUUUAACCAGUUGUAUAAAAUCGACCCACUGACUCUUCACAUGUGGGUGUACAUCUUGAAACAUGUGCCAAACAGUGUACUAUGGCUCUUGAGGUUCCCGGCUGUCGGCGAACCCAAUAUCCAGGCGACUGCAUUGCAACUAGGUGUCCCACCCGGACGUAUUAUAUUCUCAAACGUGGCAGCGAAGGAGGAACAUGUAAGGCGUGGUCAGCUAGCCGAUGUCUGUCUCGACACUCCGCUGUGUAAUGGGCAUACUACUAGUAUGGAUAUUCUGUGGACGGGCACGCCGGUUGUCACUCUGCCGGGGGAGACCUUGGCCUCAAGAGUGGCAGCGUCUCAACUAAAUACUCUUGGAUGUCCCGAAUUAAUUGCCAGAACGAGACAAGAAUACCAAGACAUAGCUGUAAGAUUAGGAACUGAUAGAGAAUAUUUAAAAGCAAUCCGUGCUAAGGUGUGGACGGCACGAACGGAGAGUCCCCUUUUCGAUUGUAAGGCGUACGCAACCGGUCUCGAGAUGUUGUACAACAAAAUGUGGGCCCGGUAUGCGAGGGGCGACCGCCCGGACCACAUACAGGCGAUAGAGAAGUAGAUGAGAGACAAUACCGCAGAAGACAGUGAUAGUGAGUGGACAGCUAAGAAACGCCGUUGGUGCUAAGUGACAGUGGACUUAUAGUGAUUGCUGAUUAAUUGCCUUUUGUAGGGAGCGGGUAGCGUGUAUAAUAUUACACCGUGUAAUACCCAUGCGACAUACGCCAGUUGAUCUUUUUUUCAUACAUAUUCAUUAUGUAUAAAAUACACUGAACUUACAUUAUCGUAUGAAAUGUCUGAAAAAAAGGACAUCAAGUAAUCGUGGAUUAGCAAUUGAGUUUGUUUAAUUUUUAAUUAAGAUUUAGUGUUUGAAGUAUUGAUCAUUGAUUCUUAUUAGAAGUUAUCGUGAUAUGGAAUUCUUGCAGAUGUAAGGAGGUGUGAACUCAUUUCUUGAUUACGGCUUCUGUCUAUGAUAUAGCGGAACAUGGCUAAACUUCAUACCGAGGUAGUAUUCUUCUUCUAGAUGGUUCUCUAGUCAACUGCUAAUAAAUACUAGAUUGCUAUUACCUUGGAUGGAAUUUAGAGUUGACAUUUAAUUUAUUGCUACUAUUCUUAGGUACUGCAUUUUCAAAUUUACCUUGCAUGUGAAACUUAUAUAAAGAAAGCAAUAAAAUUGGAUUUGUCCAUAGUAAUAUAUAUCGGGGCCUUGCUAGUAGUACUUAUUUAUUUGCGAGAUUGUCUUAUUUUGCAAAUGUGUUACAAAUAUCUAUAAAUUUUUUAUGUAUACAAGUUUGCCUACAUUAUAUGUCAUUAUAUUCAAAUUCUAGUUCAUCCUAUUUAAUGAUAUAGCCCACUAUUGCAAUAUAAAUACAUUAAUGUUAUUACAGUAUAUAAUGUGUGUAACUGUUCUCUGCUCUGUUUUGUAACAAUGAAGAAGAACAAAGUCCCAUUUUCAAUUGCAACUGCCAAAGGUAUGAAUAAGAGAUCGUUAUUUAAACUGUAAGAGUGCAACUCAUAACACCAAAUUGUUUAAUCAGUAAAGUCCAGAGCCUAUGUAAGACUGAUUAUCUGGAUACCCCAACGUACCGAUGAUUAGGUUAAUUAGUUCAAUUUAGUUAUUUGUCACAUAUGUGGGUGACAUCCUUCUUGAGUGAAGAAUUUAUAUUUUUAAGUGACUCUUUGUGAUAGUAUGAUAAAGAUGGCUAUGGAGGUCGUAUUUUAACGUUACGCUAUCUAUAGACAUCGUUUCCUCAGUGAUUUAUGUUUUCUUCAUGUAGCUUUUAUUCUAAAUAAUCAAAAUGGCUACUUUAAAAUUAAUUUUUGUAUAUAAAAGAUUUUCUGUUGUGUAAAUAUUACGACUUACACCUGAAUGAAUUUGGGUUAUUUAAUAUAUUUUAACAUUUUUUCUUGCUUGCGUUUAUAAUUGUGAAAUGUAUUUCUCUGGAAGUAUUUGAGUUGAACAGUGCUCUGUAACAAUUGUAAUGUUUUUAUAUGACGCAUUGUAACCGUUAAGGCAGCGAUACCAUCGUAAUGACUUUCCUAAUCAUACAGACCGUUUUAUUGAAGAAAUAUCACUAGUGUAAGAUUUCUCUAUAUGUGUGAAUCAUCGUUAAUUUCAUCUCAUUUACGGCUUAAUCUGAUUGGAAUGUAAAUAAAUACUAAACCUUACAGUUGAGCAUAAUUAAGUAAAAUUGAAAAAUAAUA